GCCGUGUUUCUCGUGAACAGCCCACUCUUCCUCUUCAUUGGUGCCUUUAGAAACAGGGAUGGGCUCAAUCCUGCAGGAGCGGGUACCACAACAAUGUCUGGAGAGAGUUUCCAUCAGGGACAGGGAAUGGAAGAAGAAGGCGCCGUGGAUCAACAACAGGCCUAAUGUGCCCAGCAACAAGAUGGGAAGGCGGCAGUCACAAAGGAAGUCCCUGCAGCCGCAGUACCCGCUCCCAAGUCAGGAAAAUAACAAUGAGAAGAGGCUGCAGCAAAGAAGAAAGCAAAAACCUCACAACCCCUCCACCAAACAUGUUACCUCUCAACACAGUGCUCAGGGAACCUCCGAGUCAAAGUCCCAACCACUGUCCCCUGCAGAGGACAGGAUGGAGCCAAAGGUCCAGCCGGCUGCUCAACACUGCCACAGCCACAGGGAACACAAGCACACAGGUUUUAGAGGCAGCAGACACACGCCAGCCUUUCCCUGCCACCACCUGUCUGAUCCAAGUCCUGACCUGCAGGAGAGGCUGUCACCACAGCCAGAGGUAGGAAGUCUGAGCGGCCAUGGAGAGGACGACAGUGACACUGACUUGUCUGAGUCAGAGAGACUUCCUGUGUCGCUAUCCGGUCGGGUUCCUGCACAGCUCCAGCUGAGGCCAGAGGUCAUCCAGGCUGAAGACUGCUCCUCUGGCAGCCACAGGUCCAGAGGACACGGCCAUGCUUGUUUUGACUUCCCAGACUUCCUCCCUCCACCUUUUAACAACUGGAACCUCAGUCAGCUGGCUCAUUUCUACAACAUGGAGGGCCGCGGGGCCCCUCGGCCCAGACCUGUGGGCCCUUUGGAAAGGUACCUGGAGAGACUGCUGCAGCUGGAAUGGUGCCAGAUUCAGACUGUCCAGGAGGAGGGUGAGAAGUCAGCGGUGCCAGAUGUUUCAUCCAGCUGCCACAGACCGCUUGCUGCAGUCUCGUCACGCCUCAGCUCUCCCAAGUGCAUCCUCCAGUGUCAACGUGCCUUCCCCCUCACCUUCCUCUCCUCUCUAGCCAGUCACUCUGCCCUGCUCUCAGGCUGUGCCUGCACUCUCUGCCGUAUCCGCUACUCCACCUGUAGCACAUCAUGCUGCCGCUCCACCCACCACACCCGUCAGUCCAGACAGAGUCCCAUGCUGGAGCGCAAGGGGCCCACGUCACUUCCCAAAAGGAGCUACAGCGAGAGCCGGGUUCAUUUCUCAGAAAGAAGCUCUGCAUCCCGAGCUCAGGUGUUCAGCAGCCCCGUGAGGACCAACAGCCACCAGAGGAGAAUGCAGGCAUCAGGCAACAUCCGCAACCCUGUUCAAGGUGCUAACACCACAGCUCAUCCCACUGCCAGAGACUCUAGUGUCGGGGCACGGAGGGACUGUUUGGGGGUUUGGCCGGAUGUGUUGGACUACAGGACAGGGGGGUUUAGGAGGAGGAGUGGCUCAGAGCAGAGAAGAGGUGGACUAGAAAGACAACAAGGUUCGUCAGGGAAAAGACGAAGUGGUUCUGAGUGUAGAAGAGGAGGAGCUGAGCGGACGAGAAAAGCUGAACUCAAGGAACGGGAAAUAAAACCAGAUGCUGUCGCUGCAAUAAUGGACAAUUUGCCUGGGUCCAAAAAUCCUCCAAUAAACAGACCAGGCAGACAGAAACAGGUUGAAUUUGUUACAUAACAGCAAUAUGAGUACUGUAAGUGUAAUCUGUAUGCCACAGCUACAGACACCAUGUUUAAUAUUUGAAUAUGAAUGUAUAUUUUACCUUUUUUCCUUAUUUGAUCAGGUUGACAGAGUGAAGUUGACACUCGUGGAAGUCAUGUGAUAUGCGAUAUUUUUGUUACAAGCUAAUUAGUUACAAUACUAUGUUAAUUAUUAUGUUCUAAAUCCUACAUUUUUUGAGCAUGUGAAUAUUUAUUUCGUUUUGGAUUUAAAUCAACCCAGUCAGCCUUUGUCAGCACAAUACAUGAUAUGUGUAUGAAGGAGUUUUCAGCACAACAUCAGUUUUACUAUUAAUUCGUUAUUAGUUUGUUCACAAAAUAACAGCAUAAGAAAAAUGUACCAAACAGUUAUAAUUGACGGGCGUAAUUCCUUAAAGUCAUAGAAGGAAGUGUGGAAAAGUUGUGGUGCAGGUCCAGUUGAAACUGUAAUUACUGUUUAAUUUUGCAAUAAUAAAGUUCUUUUUUUUUUUAAA